CAACAGGACAAAAAAAAUAAAAAUAACAUGGCAGCCAGAAUUAGGAAUUUCGAAAAAGGAGAUCAAGAAGUAGUUCGACAUUUACUGCUUGAAGGUCUAGCAGAACGAUGGGGAUCAGCAUUCGAUGCGAGUUACAAUCAAGAUGUCAAUGACAUUGAUGGUUAUUAUAUUCAAUACCACCAUGCCACAGUUAUCGUUCUGGAAAUAGAAGAAGGAGGAAAAGCAGUGGUUGUUGCUUGUGGGAUCCUAUUGCCAUUACCAGCAGAGGAUGUUUAUGGGACAUGGUGUGCUGAACCAAAGUCAGGAUCAUCGAAGGAUAAGGACGAGGACAAGGACAUGGACGAUGAUAACAAGGAAAGGGAUGGGCUGAAACUCUGUAGGAUGCUGCGUUUGUCUGUGUCGAAAGCACAUCGUGGGAAGGGAUAUGGGAAGCAGAUUAUCCGUCAUCUGACUGGGGUGGCACGGGACCGAGGAUUUGAUCGAAUCUUGGUGGAGACAGAGACAUUGUGGGCGAGUGCAGUUCAGAUUUACAAGUCUCUUGGAUUUAGAGUCGUAGAGGCAGGCGAAGAGAAUGUGCACUUUGAAUAUGAUCUUUGAGC